AUGGCUUCAACUUCACUGUUUUGCCUGCUCUCUUUUCAAUUAUCUUUUGUUUUUCCUGCAAGAAACAUUUCUCCCAAGUGCAUGCAAGAUACCAAUGAAUUCCUUUCUGAUUUGAAUUCAGUGAAGCCCAAAGAAUACGCUCUGAGAAUGUUUGACUCUGUGGGGAAGCUUGGGAGCAACGUUCUUAACGGAAACGUGGACAGGCUGGGAUCAUACAGUGAGUGCCUCUCCGCCCGGGGCCCUGCAGGGAGCUUCCAAGGGCAGUACUGCAAGCCUUAUGUACUGCAGGAUGGAGUGGAUUAUAGCGUGGGCAUAUGUGUCCCCGAUUCCUGUGCUGAAGAGGAUGUGACUCUGAUGUCUCGGCUGGAUAUUUUGAGAUUCAGAAACACUUCGUUCUUGGCUCCUUCCCUCUCCCUCUUUACAGCAAAUUCUUCCUCUUUGUCUGGUGGGAGUGUGGCCAGAUGUGCUGCUGGAAUGUUCACCCUGGACACAUUUGCUGCCCUGUGUCUCUUCCUCACCUUGCUGGGCCUGGCAUUCCCUCUGGCUGGAACCAUCUGCGUGGCCGCCAGGGGACAGGACCCUGGACUUGGGACAAGGCCAGCACAGGGGACGCCUUCGGCCCAUUAUGGGAGUGUGCCUUUGAGGGAGGCAGAGAGCAGUGGGCCAAGAAGCGGGGUCCGACUGACAGCACGCCCCACCCGUCUCUCGCCCUCGGGAGCCGCAAGCCCAGGAAAAGGGUUUCUAGGAGCUGUGGAGCGUGCUCUGCAGUGCUUUUCUUGGCAGAGGAAUGUGCCGGCCAUCUGGACUACGGAGAUGCCAGGAGGCACCUGCCCUGCACUGAACGGCAUCCGAGUCUUAAGUCUCCUCUGGAUCAUCUCGGGACACACCAGCCAGAUGACUGCGUGGCUGUCUUUAGAUAACAUACUUGAAUGGAAAACCAGAGUGCUUAAGAGCCCACUGCACCUUUAUUCUGGGAGUGGCCCAUUCUAUCUUGGGGUUGACACCUUCUUCCUGAUCAGUGGUUGGUUAAGUGCAAGGUCAUUUCUAAAGAUUCAACAGAAUUCAGACAAAGGACUAACCCCUAAGGUCAUACUCAGAUACUUCCUUAAUCGUCUUAUAAGGUUGCAGCCUCUUCACCUGUACUCAGUGUGCUUGUUGGUUGGAGUGUUCUCGCUCGUUCCCUGGGGACCUGUCUGGGAAGUACCCAAAUUCCACUGGGAUAACUGCCGGCAAGCCUGGUGGACCAAUCUGCUGUUGUUAAAUAACUUUGUGUCCGUUCGGCAUGCGUGCAAUGGCUGGACUUGGUACCUUGCCAACGAUUUCCAGUUCCACCUCACCACACCCGUGAUCAUCCUUGUUCACAGAAAAAGCAAACGUGUGCUUGUCCUCCUUGGGGCCCUGCUCUUCCUGGCAUCCUCCACCGCCACCGCUCUGCUCACACUGGCUUACAAACUUCCGGUGGCGUCUCCAUCAGCAGCCAGUGAAAAUGAGACUGUAAUGUAUUUCUUGGAAUACUACACCAAGCCCUAUUGCCGAUACGGACCCUUCCUGGUGGGCCUCUUUCUGAGCAUUUUCAUGCACCAAAACCCUCAGUCAAACAUUCUCAAAACCAAGGCGCAGACCCUGUGCGGGUGGACGUGCUCCCUGCUGACGCUCUUCACCGUCGUCGCUCUGGCGUACGUGCUGGGUGACCCCUCUGCUGAGACUCCAGUGCUGACUGCAGUCUACCAGGCCCUCCACCGGACCCUGUGGGCGGUGGCCGUGGGCUGGAUCAUCUUUGCAUGCCAGGAAGGCUAUGGAGGUCUGGUGACACGCGUACUUGGUUGUGAUAUCUGGAGUUUCCUGGCCAGCAUCAGUUACGCUUGCUACCUGGUGCACCCGAUCCUGAUCAUACUGCACAACGGGCUUCAGGAAACCCUUCUUCACUACACUGAUUCCAACAUGUUCUAUCUUUUCUCUGGACACUGUGUGCUGACCUUGGUCUCUGGGCUGGCCCUGACGCUGUUCAUUGAGAGGCCGUGGCAGGAACUGAAGCGGAGCCUGGGUGGACCACUGCCUGCAGGGGCGUGAACAGCCUGGCUAACACCCAGAAGAGCGGAUGGCCUUUUGUUGGUGGUGACGAGCAGAGGCCCGGGUGUCCUCAUUAAGCAAAGGAUGCUUGUGUUCCUGAGAAGAGCUGUGAAUCUGAUUUUGUGAACAUUUAAUACAUACAGGUUCUCUGUGAUUAAAAUAAGAUUGUUCUAUGAUAAUUUUUGUAGGAGUACAAUAAUCACCCUCAGCUGAAUCAUUUUAACAAAAGUCUGAAUUUCUUUUUUUGGGUGUUGGCUUGCAUUUGAUUUUUUGUAUCAGUGAUCAUAGUGUGAAAUUAAAAUGGAGCCAGGCCUGAAGGAUCCAGAGUAGACAAAGCCAGUUAGCCUUCCUAAGUGACCUUUAACCUUGUUUGAUUGGCAGACGUAAACAAAACUUAACUUGCGUUAUUUUUUGUAAAUGUUUAUGUUAAAGAAAAACAGAACUUAAUCAACCAGGAGCAGCCAAUGAACUUAUAUAACAAGGGUCUUUCUAGAGCCAGAGACUAAGUAAGGCAGCUCUGUAACUGUCACCAAUCACAUAUUGUGUUGCUUCACUCCUGUGCCUGUUCUAUAAAGGCCUCCCCCUCCCUCAGGAGCUCCCGGACCACUUCUGGACUUGGGGCCGCUUGAUUCAUGAAUCAGUGUGAUUGUGCUUCAAUUUUAUUUUUAACAAAAGAAAAUGAUCAAAUGUUGUGAUUCAUUGUAAUUUGGGUUA